UUUAAAUAGAAAGCGUGUACUCUCUAAAACCGAAUGUCUGGUAUUUAUUACUACUAGAGUCUACUACAUGUACUAAAUGAUUUAAUAGUCAGUAGCUACUAGCUAGAGUAAGUGCUUGACAUGUACAUGUAGCUGAAAUGUGAUACUGUUCCAGAGCUUGUUUCAGUCAUUUCUUACAAUUCCUGGAUAUAUUUUGGGGGAAGCUUGCUUGUGCUGCAUUUGUCUUAUAUUAUACGCUGUCUUGCAGGGAAGCUGCUCAUCACAAUGGACCUUCUCAGAUGACAUCACGAUGACAUCAUAGAUAGACGUCUACCAGCCAUGGUGGAGUUGAAAGUAUGGGUGGACGGGGUCCCGCGGGUGGUGUGCGGGAUCACCGAACUCACGACCUGCCAGGAAGUCGUCGUUGCUCUGGCCCAGUCAACGGGUCAGGUCGGACGGUUCAACCUGAUGGAGAAAUCACCAAAGAUGGAGCGUAUCCUGCACCCAAAGGAGAGUCCAUACCGUGCCUUAGAAAAAUGGGGUCCCAUGUCAAAGAAUGUCCGCUACUUCCUCAGGCGGAAGGGAACAACACCGUAUAGUCGGACACCACACAGCAGCAGGCCGUCUUCCGUGACGAGCCUGAACCUUUCGAGUCCCGAUGAUCGCUUCUUAGCGGAUUUCGGAGUGGAUGGCGAGGAUGAGGAUUUGAGAGCGGCCGCGUAUCAGGCGUCAAUGUACGGCAACGGGAAGCAGGGUGCACUGCAGAGACUUGAGCUAGAGAGACAUACUCAGCUGAUGAAGGAGGAGGAAGAACGUCGGAUCCAGAAGAUGGAGAGAACAAAAGACUUUCAGAGAGAUCAGGCCGUUGAGAAAAUCAAGGAGAUUGAAAGGGAGAGAUUUAUAGACCAAAGGAGAGAGAUGGAACGACAGCAUGCGUUAGCGAUCGAGAAGGAACAACAGAGGAAGAGGGAGAGAUGGAAGGAGGAAGCACAGGCUAGAGAUGCGGAAGAGGCGGCAAAGAUAAAGAAAAUUGAACAUUUAAAAGAACAAGAGAAACAAAAAGAACUUGAACAGCAGAGGCAGCAGUACCUGAAAGAACAGGAAGAAAAGGAACAUAAAAUUCAAGAGUUGGAAGAGAUGGUGCGAGAGAAGGAACGGCAGAAGGAAGACGAGAAGAAGAAUGAACUGGAGAGAUUGCAGGAGAAGCAGAGAGAAGAGCAGAGGAUUAAGGAGGAAGAGAUAACAAGAUUGAAAGAAGAGGCAAGGAAGCAGGAAUUGGCACGUAAGAAAGAAGAGGAGAGAAGGAUAGAGACUGAAUUGAAAAAGGAAGCGGAAAGGAUAGCGGCCGUGCAGCGAGAGAGGGAAUGGCAAGCAGAGAGGGAUAGGUUACAAAGGGAAGCAAAGGAAUUCGAAGAACAGAAGAAGAGGGAGGAGAUCAAGAGAAAGAUUCUUGAAAAGCAGCGAGAGGAGGACCAGCUUCGAGAAGCGGAGAAGGAAGAGGAGCGGCAACUGGAAAUUGAAAGGGUCCAGAGAGAAGCAGAAUUAAGGGAAGAAGAGCGAAUAGCGGAGAUGGAAGUCGCGCGUCAAAUAGAAAUACAGAAGCAGAGGGAAAUCGCCAGAGAGAAAAAGCUGAUCGAGGAAGAGUUGCGGAAAAAAGAAAUUGAACAUCAAAACGCCCUUCAGAGGCAAAAAGAUGAAGAACUCAAAAGAGAAAAAUUGAGGCUCCAGGAAAUGGAAUGGGAGAAGGUCAGGAUAGCUGAGAGGGAGCGACAGAACGAACAACAGCGACGAAAGGAAGAGCGAGAAAAGGAACAGCAGAAGCAGGAAGAGAUAGCAAAGGAGAAGAAGAGAAUCGAAGAGGAAGUUCAGCAGAGAGAGGGCGAAAAGCUUAAGGAAUUGGAGCUUGAGAAAGCGAAGCUGGCGGAAAUUGCGAAGAGGACGGAGGAGGAGCGACUGAAAGAGAUCGAGAGACAGAAGGAAUUGGAGAAGCUGAGGGCGGAGGAGGUAGAGAAGAAAGAAAAGGCACGGAGGGAGCGGAUCGAGAUGGAGAAGGUCAAAAUCCUGGAGGCCAGAAGACAGAAAGAAGCUGCCAGGAAAAAGGACGAAGAUCAAAAACGACUGAAGGAGAAGGAAAAAAUCAACGAGCUGAACCAGAUCGUCAGUGUUCAGCAGGAGCGGAUCGAGACGCAAAAAUCACAACUCACCAGCAUCGAGGAUGCCAUCCUAUCCCUCCAGAUGUUUGAGAUGGACCCGGAGCUGGACCAAAUCGAGGAUAAGAUCAUCGAGUUCGAGCAGGCCAUUAAAAAGAACAAGAGUGCCCUUAAAGAGAUGGAAUUCUGGGAGAACGAGCUGGAGAUUGAGCUACAGCUGUGUGACAGACUCAAUGAGGAGGUGAAAGCACUGAAAGCGAAGGUUGAAAAAUGCCAGAGACAGACGGAGGAAAAGCAGGCGGAGAUCCGGAGGAUCGACGAGAGGAUGCGGAACGAAGAGGAGAAGAUACAAAGAGAAGGAGACGAGCAAGCAAAGAAAGACCUUCUUGCGAUCCAGGUUCAGCUUGCAGUCUUUGACAAGGAGCUGGAAGAAUACGCAGAGAGCCUUCGAGGAGUCAACAAGGAGAUCCAAGAGGUGGAGAUGCUCCUGGAGAAGAAGGAGAGAGAGAUCAAGAAGUUGGUGGGAGACGUGGAGAAGGCAGACAAGGAGAUCAAGGAAGAAGAGCGACGGAGACUGGAGGAAGAAGAGGAAGAAAUGAAAAGAGUCGAAGAAGAAGAGAGGUAUAAAGAGCUAGAGGAAGAAAGGAAGAGAGAAGCGGCAGAGAGGAAAAGAGUCGAAGAAGAGAGGAGGAGAGCGGCAGCAGAGAGGAGGAGAGCGGUAGAAGAGAGGAAGAGAGCGGAAGAAGAGAGCAGAAGAGUGGAAGAAGAAAGGAUAAGAGUCGAAGAGGAGAGACGGCGGGCGGAAGAACAACAAAGACAGGCAGAAGAAGAGAGAAGGAAGUUGGAAGAGGAGAAAAGAAUGGAGGAAGAGCGAAAGAAAGAAGAAAUGAAGAAGGCAGAAGAAGAGAGAAAGCGAGCAGAGGAUGAGAAGGAGAAGGAGGAUAAGAGGAAGGAAGAGGAGAACAAGGUAGCGGAAGAGAAGAAGAAGGAGGAUAUUCAGAAGGAGAAAGAGGAUCAGCAGAAAGAUGGAGAGAAGAAAAAACCAGCUCCGCUGCCCAAACAAGGAGAACUCAUCAAAAAUCCAACUCCAGGAAACGCUCCUCCUCGAAAGAUGCUAAGAAGUCCCAGAGAUCUCUUCAAACAAGCUCCAAGCUCGGACAACCCUGAAGGCGUCUUCGUUUAAACACCCCUGCCGUAAGAAUGGGAUGAUCCACCUGAUUAGACAACCCUCAAGGCGUAUUUGUUUAAACACCCCUGCUGUAAGAAUGGGUGAUCCAGUCUUGCAUGAAAGAUUCUGGAAGUGGAAAGCCCUAUCAGUUCAAACAAUCUCCUGUUUUAGACAACCCUGAGAUGUUUAAACACCCCUACUGUAAGAAUGGAAUGAUCCGCCUGCUGUAUACACUUCUAACCAACUCUGAAACAUUUCCAAGCUCAGACAACCCCGACAGCAUUUUGUGUUAAACACCCCUGUUGUGAGAAUGGAGUGAUCCACCUAGCACCUCUAUGUUUUGAUUGGAUGGAUCCAUGUGUCAAAGGUUAUGUCUUAAGUUUGUACUAUUCUGAACACUCCCCCCCUUAUUCUUUGACUAGAUUCAUGUCGAUCAUUCAUGUUGAAAACUUGAGCCAUGGGUUAAAUUUGAAGAAUUAAUUGUUUAAGUUUGGUUUCCUUGUAUAUUUUAAAAAAAAAACCUUAAUGCCAGGAAACUACCUGCAUCAUAUAUGAAAUGAAAAUAAUCUUCAUUUGUUCAUUUUUAAGGAAUUCUGCAGUUCGUAUAGGUUUUGUAAAGGACCAAUAAGUUUCAGCAGGUGACCUUAUAACAGACCAAAUGCUGUUACAAAGGUUUGAACUUUGACCCAGAAGGAAAUGUUGCAUUGCUAUGGGUCAAAGGUUAGGUGUUGGGUUUCUUAU